CACAAGACAGCAGCAGUUAAUCAAAAUCAACCAACCAACAAUGGCAGCUAAGAUUGUUAUCGCUUUGGCCCUGUUCGCCGUGGCCCAUGGUGCCGUCCUGAGGACUGCUGCUCCUGUGGCAGUGGCUGCUGCUCCGGUUCCCGUUCUGGCCAAGACCGUCGAGCUGGAGGAAGUGGACCCGCAUCCCCAGUACUCGUACAGCUACGACGUGCAGGACACUCUUUCCGGCGACAACAAGGGCCACGUGGAGGAGCGCGACGGAGACAUUGUCCGUGGAGAAUACUCCCUGAUCGACGCCGACGGCUUCAAGCGCACCGUGACCUACACCGCCGAUUCCAUCAACGGAUUCAACGCCGUCGUCCGCCGUGAACCCCUCGCCGCCGUCGUGGCUGCCGAGCCGGUGGUGAAUGUCGCUGCUCCUGCUCCGCUGGUUAAGGCUGUCGCCCCCGUCGCCCUGGCCGCCCCAGCCCCCAUUGUCCGCUCCGCUCCUGUGGCCGUCUCUGCUCCCCUGAUCAAGUCCGCUCCUCUGGCAGUUGCCACGCCCUUCGUCCGCUCUGCCCCCCUGGCGGUAGCUGCUCCCGCCCCAGUCCUGCGUACCGCUGCCUAUGCCACGCCCCUACGCUACACCGCCCCCACAUACACCAUCGCCAACUUGUAAAUACCCACGAUGCGAGCUUUGUU